CCUCAAAAUUGAACCUGUCAAAACCUGUAGAGACGAAAGGGCCGAAAUUGUGAACAAUGAAUCAAGAAUAUCAAAAACAUGACUUUCUUUUUUUAAAUCCUAAACACAUUGUUUAAAAAUCUAUUGAUUUUUCAAUUAAGCGAGGGGUUUAAACCCCCUGCUAGAACAAUGACAACUGUCGAUUGAAUGUCAAAUUCUCAGAUGUCUGCACGGCAGUCGGUUUUCUGGAUUUCGUGUUUUGUGCCUUGUAUGGUAGACGGAGUGUGAUCGUGAAAGAAAUGUAGCAAUCCAAAUCAUUCUUUGAUCAAACCAACUCAAUCAAGUAGAAUUCUAUUCGCAGGCAUCGCGGAAAUUAAAUAGGAAAUACGAUGGCACAGUGCAAGUUAACCCCUCGGGAGUUCAUCGUGAAUACAUUUUCACCUCAAGUAGCCGCAGUUUGCUCGAACAAUGCCGAAGCAACUUGUCAAAAGAACAAUUUAUCAUUUAUUGAACUCCUUCAGCCUUUUUGUAGGCUCAACAGCGAAGGACAUAUAAAGGAUCCGCAGGGAAGUACUGUGGCAGUGCGCUCCCUCCAAAUAUCAGUUCGAGAUGUGAACGCAACUCCACCAGAGCCAUCACUGGCUAGAAAAAUGCUGAACGAAACUGUCAGUUCGUCAUUCACUGAACGAACAACAGUAGUUCACACCGGCUCAAUUGAUCUCAACAUCCCGGUAUCGAUUCCCUGGUUCGAGGCCUGGAGAGAAACAUUUCUCAAUGUUCAAUAUCCCUCUGAUCAUGAAUUCACGAAACAUUUUCUUGCCUGCAUGAUCGUGGUCUCGACUUCUGACGAUGAUCCUCUGGAAACGAUUCAACAAAUGGCCACUAAAUUAAAUCAAACCAUCCCGGGGAAACUGCCCAAAUGGUUCAACAAUAAUGUUCUCAGAUACUACAUUUUAAUCCACGAUGCUCAUCAGGACAAUAAAAAAAAGGCAGAAGACGUUUUCAAGGAAAUGAAAAAUGUCUACGGCACGAAUAACUGUUUUCUGUUGCAAAUGAAUUCAAGACCUCCUGGACAAACAGACGACAAUAGUCAUCUUCCUGAUCCCUGGAGUCAAUUUAUUGUGAAAAAUGUUAGUCUUACUGGUGGAAGUGAUCAAAAUAGUUCUCCCCGCACACCGGCUGAUACGACUGGAGUUUCUUCGAUGCCAAAUCAAGUUAAUACCGAGCACGAAAAAACUAGUCACGCGGGAACGCCAAUGACGCCUCAAGCGGCAACCUUUUCAACUGCAGACUUUGCGGAUGCAAUAAGCAUUUCCUCGGAGGUUUCUGAGCCGACAGUUCAACUGGAGGUGGGUCAGGAAGCGGUUCCGACGACAAUUCAUCCCCUGAGUCCCUUGAGCGAGACUGCGGGGAACUUUGUUGUCGAGGAUUCGAAAAUGCAUUUGGACAAUUCGCCAAUUAAUGCGAACGUUUGGGCGGAUUCGCCGGGUCACUCGGCAACGCAGCAUGGCACGAGACUCUCCUCGGACGACAUGGAGAGACUGAGGACGAUGAUAUCCGAGUUUUGCUUCAAGAGUUUGCUGCCCUAUGUCGAGCGACAAAUUGGCCUUUUGAACGACGUGAUCUCGAACAAAAAGGGAGUGAGCAGAUCGCUUUUCAGCGCCACCAAGAGAUGGUUUGGAACGAGUAAACCCGGAGUGCCUGGCUCUAUUCCUGCCAAUGUUGUCAUAUAUACCGCGGAAUCUCCGGAACUUCAACUGAGACGCUUGGGCGAUCUCUGUUUCAUGUUCGGCCACUACGUGCUUGCUUAUCAGGCCUAUCACAACGCAAAGCGAGAUUUCGCAGCGGACCAAGCCUGGCUUUACUAUGCAGGUGCUUUGGAAAUGGCAGCCUUAAGUGCCUUCAUGCAGGACGAGAUGACAAGAAAGAGCAUUGAGUAUAUGGACGACGCAAUUUUAACUUAUUUGAACACCUGCAAAAUGCCACAAUUUGCCACAAGAGCGACACUCUUGAGUGCCGAGUGUCUCAAAAAUCGGGGCCUCUAUGCAGACGCUGCGAAACAGUACAUCCGAAUGACGAGCGAGGAUUCGGAUUUGAGAUCGGCUUUAUUGCUGGAACAGGCCGCCUAUUGUUUUAUCGGGCCGAAAAUGGUUCGAAAGUACGCAUUUCAUGCUGUUAUUGCCGGGCAUCGGUUCUCGAAGGCUGGACAGAAGAAACAUUCCCUCAGGUGCUAUCAACAAGCAUAUCAGGUUUAUCGUGACAAAGGAUGGUCCUUUGCCGAAGAUCAUAUUCAUUUUACUCUUGGAAGACAGGCAGCCUCCUUGAAACAAACCAAGGAUGCAGUCAAGGUUUUCGAAAAAUUAUUAAAUCCGUACAGCAGACAACCUGCUCUUCAACAAGCUGCCUUUCUCCGAGAAUUUCUUCACAUAAGCAACGUCCUUUACCAGGAAUCCAAACCCGAGGAGAGAAUCCUCCCAAUUUUACCACUCCCCUUAAUCGACGGGAAUCAAAUAAAAGUUCUGCCCGGUCCUUUAUUGAAACUCGGCGACAAUUUGGAACUAGUCGCUCAAAUCUCGUCAUUUCUCCAAGACGCGGAUGACACUCGUUGGUCGAAAUUGGAAGAGAGAGUCGUGACAAAGGCUCAGGGAUCAGUUCCGAUGAUUUUUAAACCCUCCAUCUCAAUCUACUCGGAUUUGAGCAACAAUUCCUCGAGACCAAACGCCGUCCUCGAUGAACCGAUCUACCUCUCAAUUCAAUUGUCAAACCCCUUGCAAAUUUCCCUGCCUCUAUCGCAAAUCACGCUUCUCUGGUCAUUCGAAAUCGAGGGAGCAGUCUUCUCAAACGAGUCUUCAGUCUCGAAAUUCGCAACUUUGGACAAUUCUUCGAAUCUCGUUGAAACAGAGACAAUUGAGACGAUUUUACUUCAGCCCUCCUCUAAGCAAGACCUCGUCUUGCACCUCAAACCCAAGGUCGUCGGAAGUCUGAAAAUUCUCGGUCUUUCCUACAAACUCUCGACUUGUUCCGAUUUCAAUCCACCCUCGUCAGAUCAGUCGCUCAGUCCGAAUUCGAGUCUUGGCGUUCACGGGAAACGUCUCUUUGAAGUCAAAGGACCGAAAUUGAAGAACGUGAAAGAGAAGCCUGAGGCGAUUUUGUAUGGAAUUGAUCAGCGCCUCGAGAUCAAUGUUCUCCAGAAGGCCCCCUUUAUGGACAUCCUCUACACGAAACUCUCGCCGGAAAUGCUCUGUGGCGAGAUGCAGAGGGUGGAGGUGACUCUGCGCAAUAUCGGAAAUGCGCCUUUGAACAAUGUUCAUGUUGGCUCGACAAAUCCGAGAUUAAUUUCAUUUUUAGAUCACAAAGGCGACACGAAUUCGGGAAAAUCGAAAAUUAAGUUCGACACCCUUGUCACGAGAAUUGCCCUCGGGAGUUUGAAGAUUGGCGAGAGUUACAGUACAGUUUUCUGGGUGAGAGCGCCCCACGAGAAGGGAAAUCACCGAUUGGAUUUGCUCUUUUAUUACGAGAAUCCCGAGCUAAAGACCAGUCCCUCCAAGUAUCGAGUGAGUCGACACUCCUGGCAUUUGACAGUUCUCGACUCGAUUCAAAUUAGUGCCGUUGUUCGAGCAAGUGCCGUCUGCAGCGAGCAAAGUCCAACCAUGAAUCUCACUGUUCGAGUUAAGAAUAUGAAUCAAGUCCACGAUCCCUUCAUCAACGAGAUUCAACUGAUCAAUGUGGCUUUUCAGAGUAAAAAUUGGACUCUGAUCAAUUCGGCGCUCUUCCCCACGAAUCUUGGCAGAGUUCAGCCUCAGGAAACGGCACACAUUUUGCUCAAGUUGAAACGACACUUGAAACUCGAUUCCGAGAAGAAUUUAGAGUGUUUCAAGGACAUCAGUUUGGAGCCGAUUCUCAAAGCAAUUGUGAAAACAGAUGUCGCGGAUAUUUUGAAAAAAGAAUUGUACUCGAGCGUCUCCCUCAUUGAGAAUGACAAUAUGGAGAGUGUGACUAAUUCGCCCUACUUGGAUUUUAUCGAGAAAAGGGAUAUUUCUCUGGAGACGUUGGAAAGUGCGAGUGAACAACCGUCGAAGAAACGGCUCGAGGAGAAUUCAGUUUCCGUGACGAUGAAUCUGGAUUCGACCUUGAUUCUGAGGUGGAGAGCGAGGGUGAUGGAGCGAGGAGCAGUUGUGAGAGAGGCCGUUGGACAGCAUCAUCUGGACGUCAAGAUUUUGAACAAAAGGUACAAUCAGCCGGUGGAGGUGAAGCAGGAACCGAUUGAGUAUGGCGCGAGACUCAAGAUUUUUGGACCCGAUGCCAAUGUGGAUGCAAGGACUCCCCUGAAAAUUGAUCGCUGCUCGGAAGCCGAUUGUCAGAAAAAUACGAUUUGCUAUUCGCUGGAUCACGUGAAGCGUGCUAGUCAUGAUUUUAGGAGGAACAGAAUUUGCACCAUUCCGGUGGAGAUGCUCAUGCAGAAUAAUUCGCAGUCGAGGGUCGAUGUCAAGGUCAACACGAUUGGAACGACCAGCCAAACGCAUUUGCCAAGCAUAAAAUCUCAACUCUACACACCUCAGGCUUCGACCUUUUAUCGCUACGCAGGCCACACGGCAGUUGAGUGUCACAUCGAGCCCUUCGGCUGCCGUACACUCAAAUUGCAAGCGAUAAUCCCCGCCUCAGGAACCUACGAUUUAGCUUCGAGAAUUGACGUCUCUGUGAGACUCAUCAGCAGAGGAGAGUUUAUGCCCCAAAAAUGGCACAUAGAGAGCGUGUGCGUUGUCAGUAAUGAAAAUUCGUGAAAAUAGAGAAAUAUGACUAACCAAUUUAUUAAUAUGGUAACUAUAAUUAUUAUUUAAAUUUUCUCUGUGAAGAAAAAAAUGUCCCGCUCCUUUGCCCCGCUGGGAAUCGAACCCAGGUCUUUCCGGUUGGGGUCGGGUGCUCUGUCCACUAAUUUACCAUCUUGUAUCUAUGACUCUUCAGAGAAAACCUUGCCAUAUUUGAUUCCAAGCGGAUCAAAGGAGAGGGAUCUUUUUUCAUAGUUAAAAUUUAAAUUUAAAUAAAGUUUUGAAAGAUUAAAAAAUUAGAAAUUUUUCAAUUCAUGCUAAAUAAUUCAAAGAAUUUAUACAUUUUGCGACUAGUUGUGCUGUAAAGUGAAUAUUUUGAAUAUUCAACCAAUUUUUCGGAGUCUUUGAAAGUUGAAAUUAUAUAUAUUAUUAUAUAUUUGAGGUAGAAACUAUACUUGAGAAUUCGAUCACGUGAGACGAGUUCUUUUAUAAAUAAUUUUUAUGUACAUAUGUAUACGUAGCGAUUUGUAUAAUAGAGGGCGAUGAAAGC